UAUUAUGUUUUUACUUUAAAGUCUCAUAUUUCAUUAUAAAAUAUUUAUAUUUUAGACCAAAGAAGAUUCAGUGUUAAGGAAUAUCGUACAAUAACUUAAACUUUUCGGAGGAAUAAAAUAAUGAAAUUAAGAGUUAUACUGAUACUUCCUGCAGUACUACAGUGCAUUACAUGUUUGAAGCGACCUGCACCUCCAGAUAUAACAGUAACACCUACAGGGUGCCUAUGCCCUGAGAACUAUAAACCAGUUUGUGGAAAAAAUGGCAUCACUUACAGCAAUUCUUGCGAGGCAAGGUGUAAGAAAAUACCUAUUCUUUGUCAAAGAAAAUGUCCUUGUAAAAUCGAAAUACCAACUGACCAGUGCAUAUGCCCAGCUGUCUAUGACCCAGUCUGUGGAGCAAAUGGUAAAACUUACAGCAAUUCUUGUAGAGCAAGUUGUAGCAAAAUUGGUGUAAAAUGUUCUGGAAAAUGUCCAUGUAAAACUGAAGACUGCAUUUGCCCAUUAUAUAAAAAACCAGUCUGCGGAGUAGAUCGUCAAACUUACAGCAAUGCAUGCCAGGCAGAGUGUAAAAAGAAAAGUGUACAAUGCCAAGGAAAAUGUCCUUGUAAAAUCGAAAUACCGCCUGACCAGUGCAUAUGCCCAGCUGUCUAUGACCCAGUCUGUGGAGCAAAUGGACAAACUUACAGCAAUUCCUGUGGAGCAAGUUGUAGUAAAACUCCUGUAAAAUGUUCUGGAAAAUGUCCAUGUGGUAAACCAACACUUGAAUAUAUAAGAUAAUAAUAUAGCAAAAUUACCAAUGUGAUUAUCACUUAGAAAUAUUUUAAAAAUAAAUCAGAAACUUAUUA